CGUACUAUGAGGAAACAAGACCAAAAAGUAAUGCUGAUAGACCCCAGAGUAUCCGUAUGGUCCAUCAGCCUGACACUUCACGAGAACCGGCGGCGGCCGGCCCACACACAGACUGGGUGGCUUGCCACUCUCUCGUCUGCCCGUCUCCAAAGAUAUCGUCUUGCCUACUCUUUCAAUCUGCUCCAAUCUCGUCCCUGAUUCUCGCGUUGGCGUCCUUCGGACCUGCUCCCCUCCCACACUCCCUUGCUACACCCUGGCCACCCAGUAUCUCUGGUGCAGCAGUUGUUCGUCAAUCCCACACCCGUGAACCCUGUCGCCCAUCCCAUCCCGCACCCCUCGUUGGCUAGCCGUUCGUCCAGAAUCUGGGUCAAUCCACCGAGAUGGGCACCGAACCGCAUGAGGGUUUCCUCCUCCACACCACAAGGGCGGCGAACUCCAUCCUGACCUGGUUGCUGAUAAGGUCGACGAGUCGUAGGCAUUGCUUUACUUGCCUAGCCUAGCCUCGGCACUACUUUCGGAUUUCUUCAUCGUCGCACUGGGGCUUUUUAAAGAGAGCUUCCCCUCGAGACUCAUUUAUUGUAAGGGUCUUGUCUCGUGCAGCUGCUUCUCGAGUCUCUCGCCGUCAACUUCCCCAAAGUACGCCAGGGCGCCUUCAACUGCGUGGCCCACGGUCUCCUCGUUACGGCAGACCACUGAAAGAACUGGUUGUCAAACCGCUCAACGCCUCUUUCAGCCCUACCUUUUCCCCAUCUUUCCUCUUCUUUAUCGGUGCGCUUCCAAGAAGCAUAUCCUUCAGCCAUGUCUUCCCAGGUCACCGAGGUCAACCAGACCACCACCACGGCCGGGAGCACACCACCCCGUCGCAGCUCGGACCCGGCGCUGGAAAUUCACAACCAGCACCAGCAUCAACAUCUGCACCACAGCGCUCGUGUCGAUGCCAAGGGUCACGACGACAAUGUAACCUACACCAGGACCGGAGAAACGACCGUCCCGCACCAGAGCCACCUACACGAGCACUCUGCCCAGCCCCACGACAUUGAGAAGGGCGACAAGCUCAGCGGACCCCCUGAUUACGAUGGCGAGAAGACUGGCGUCGUGGCCUCCAACGAUGAGGAGGAGAAGAAGCCCUCCAAGUUCAAAACCUUGUACAGCAGGCACAAGUGGGUUUUCCACCUCUUCCUCUUCUGCUUCUUCACCGGCUGGUGGAUUGCCUCGCUCAUCGAGCACCGCAAUGACAAGAACUGGGUUAUUCCGUUCCUUGUUUGGCUCUGCAUCUCUCUCCGCCUCCUCUUCUUCUACGUCCCGAGCUCCUACGUCUCCCGGCCGAUCAAGUUUGUGUGGCAACACACUGCUCUUGUUAUCUACAACGCCAUUCCUGCCAAGUUCCGCACUAUUGCCGGUGCUGCCGUGACGCUCGCUGUCAUGCUCGUAGGCUCUUUCGUCUCGGAGGAGUCGGCCGACAACAACCGCGAGAACCGUGCCGUUUCCAUCUUCGGUCUCAUCGUCAUCCUGGCCUGCUUCUGGAUAACUUCGAACGAUCGCAAGCGUAUCAACUGGCGUCCCGUUAUUGGUGGUAUGCUUUCGCAGUACAUUAUUGCGCUUUUUGUCCUUCGCACCGGCGUCGGUUACGACAUUUUCAAGUUCAUUGCGGAUCGAGCUGGUGACUUGCUUGGCUUCGCCAACCAGGGAACGGCCUUCCUCACUGCUGAGAGUGUGCUUGACCUUCACUGGUUCAUCACUGGCGUCAUUCCUCCCAUCAUCUUCUUCGUCGCCAUUGUCCAGGUCCUGUACUUCAUCGGUUUCCUCCAGUGGUUCAUCGGCAAGUUCGCAACCUUCGUCUUCUGGGCCCUUCGCGUGUCUGGCGCCGAGGCUGUCGUCGCUGCUGCCACUCCCUUCAUUGGUCAGGGCGAGUCUGCCAUGUUGGUUCGUCCUUUCGUCCCUCACAUGACCAAGGCCGAAAUCCACCAGAUCAUGACUUGCGGCUUCGCAACCAUUUCUGGUUCCACUCUCGUCGCCUAUAUCAACUUGGGUCUCAAUGCCCAGGCCAUGGUGUCGUCCUGCGUCAUGUCCAUCCCCGCCUCCAUUGCCAUUUCCAAGCUUCGCUACCCCGAGAAGGAGGAGACUUUGACUGCUGGAAAGGUCGUCAUCCCUGACGACGAUGAGCAUGAGGCCAAGAACGCUAUCCAUGCUUUUGCAAACGGUGCUUGGUUGGGUAUCAAGAUUGCCGGUACCAUUGUUGCAUCGAUUCUCUGCAUCUUGGCCUUCAUCGGUCUCGUUGAUGGUCUGCUGACCUGGUGGGGUGGCUACAUCAACAUCAACGACCCUCCUCUGACUCUCAACCUGAUUACCGGUUACAUCUUCUACCCGGUUGCGUUCCUCCUGGGUGUUCCCCGUAACGGCGACCUUCUCAAGGUUGCCCGCUUGAUUGCCCUUAAGGUUAUUGCUAACGAGUACGUUGCCUUCACCGAAAUGAAGACGCCCGAGUACCUCGAUCUCUCUCCCCGUUCCCAGCUCAUUGCGACCUACGCUCUUUGCGGUUUCGGUAACAUUGGAUCCCUUGGUAUUCAGAUCGGUAUUCUUGGCCAGCUAGCCCCCAGCCGUGGUGGCGAUGUCAGUGCCAUGGCGAUUUCUGCGCUCAUUUCUGGCGUCAUGUCGACUCUGACGUCGGCCGCUGUUGCAGGCCUUGUUGUUACUCACCAAGUAACGAACCUCGCUGCUAGUGCUUAGGUCACUGGUUGGUCUUGAGAAUCCGAGCUGGAUAGAUGUUUCCAUUCGAUGGACAUUGUUGAAACGAGAAAAUAUGACUAAAAGAUGUACGAUGUUGAGGAAGAAGUGUGCUUGUACAGCGCCGGUUGAUGAGAGAAGAAUAUACACAGUAGUUAAUAAUACCCAGGGCACCUGCUAGCAAGCGAGCUGGAUAAUUCAACUCGUAGUAUCAACCAAGCGUGAACUGAGGUAAAAACAAGGCGUCAAAGAGUCCUCAUAUACCACUGUUGCUCGACUGGCAAAGACGUGAUCGAAGACGGUUUUGCGCAAUCCGUACUCUUUAAUAAUGCAAU